AUGGCAACAACACGAAUUUCUGAUUUGCAUCCGGGAAGGACAGAUUGGAGGAUUACCGCAAAGGUCUUGAGCACUUGGUUUGUCCAUGACUUCUUCUCGAAAAGGGUGAUGCUUUUGGUCGAUGAAAAGGGUAACACCAUUGAAGCAACUAUCAUUCACACUCCACUGAUGAAAAAAACCCCUCAGUAUAUCUACGACGGAGAAUGGUAUUCGAUAUCCAAUUUUAUGGUCAUCAAACCAACACUCAAGGAUCGAAACACAACAAAUCCUUACCAGAUUAAAACUUGGAAUGAUACAGAAAUGAUCAUUCUCGGCGAUGUGAGUCCCUCUCACUUCUUUCGUUUCAAAGACUUUGACGACAUGAAAAACGGAAGAUCUAUUGAUGGCUCAUCUUUUGAUGUCUUUGGCUGUAUUGUUGCUGUUAAGCAAAGAAGAAUUCAUGGAUCUAUCAGUGCCGAAGAUGGGAUAGCCGACGACUAUGAUGAAGUAGUCUUCACUCUCUUGAAUGGCAGGAAUGAAACUUUCAAGUGUUGUGCUAAGAGGGAUUAUGCUUCAAAUUUCAUGCAUCAAUGGAGACAAAACGGAUAUCAUCUAACAUACAAAACCCAUCCAGUGUUUUGUGUUUUGCGAUUCUGGAAACUUGGUGUUAGUGAAGGUGCACCAUGCAUUGUCAAUUGUAGUGGCUCCUCAAGACUAUUCCUUCAACCAAAUAUUGAGGGUCUGGAAAAUCACAAAGCCAAGUAA